AUGCACACUGGUGCCUUGGUUGAACCAGUUGUUGAUCCACAUGUAACAGCCGUUUGGGGGAAGAAUGUCACCCUGAAAUGCAUAAUUGAAAUAAAUGGAACAAUAACACAAAUCUCAUGGGAGAAGAUGCAUGGUAAAAGUAAACAGACCAUUGCUGUUCAUCAUCCUAAAUAUGGGUUUACUGCUCGAGGAGACUACCAAGGAAGAGUGUCACUUAAGAACCACUCACUUACUGAUGCAACUAUCACCCUAAACAAUAUAAGCUUUUCUGAUUCAGGAGAAUAUAUAUGCAAAGCAGUUACAUUCCCACUAGGAAAUACUCAGUCAUCAACAACCGUAACUGUAUUAGUUGAACCCAUUGUGAGCCUAACAAAGGGACCAAACUCUUUAAUAGAUGGUGAAAAUCAGACAGUAGCAGCCAUUUGUACAGCAGCCACUGGAAAACCUGCUGCAGAUAUUGAUUGGGAAGGUGGGCUUGGAGAAGUGGAAUCCAGUUGUACUUUAUUUCCAAAUGAAACCAUGACAGUUGCCAGUCAGUACAAACUCAUACCCACCAGAUUUUCCAGAGGAAGAUUCAUAACUUGUGUUGUGAGGCAUCCGGCUUUGGAAAAGGAGCUGAGAUAUCCUUACACAUUGGACAUACUAUAUGCGCCUGAAGUUUCAGUAAGUGGGUAUGAUGGAAACUGGUUCAUUGGAAGAGAGCAUGUUCAGCUCCAGUGUAAUGCUGACGCAAAUCCACCACCCACGGAAUUUACAUGGACCAGCGGAAGUUUUACCGAUGAAAAGCGCCAGUGCAGGGGUCGGCAGAGGCUGAGCGGGGCCGGCGGCUGGGACUCCAGACCGGCCGCAAGCGCGCCCCCUUACCGUGCUCGGGCUCUGCGGCUCCCGGGAGCGUGA